GGGCAGCACUGAGGCCAACACUCGCCUGUUAGGAAGACUGAUGAGAUGAGAGAUGGGAUCCUCAGUUACUGUUGUAACUCUGUGCCCCCUCAGGUGGAUCCUUGUCCUGGUCGUCUUUGUGCAGCAGCUCAAUGCAGGGAGGAAUGAGGGCCCAUGUCAAGGCAGAGACUGCUCUGUAUGUCAGUGUCUUCCUGCUAAAGGUGCACGGGGAGCUCCAGGGAAGCCAGGCCAGCAAGGCCCCCGGGGACAAAUGGGACCAUGGGGACGUGAAGGGCCACUUGGAGAGAAAGGCAGGAGGGGAGCAGAAGGAUCACAUGGCCCAGAGGGGCCCAAAGGAGACCGUGGCAAGACUGGUGUUCCUGGUUUUUCUGGUAAUGAUGGCUCACCAGGCCACCCUGGAGCAGGCGGCGAGCCUGGUUUGCCAGGAGUGGAUGGCUGCAAUGGGACAAGGGGUCGACCAGGCGUUUUUGGUAUUGAUGGUUCGGAUGGUCUCCAUGGGCCACAGGGAUUACGUGGACCUAAAGGAAUUAAAGGAGAACCUUUGUAUGGUGCUACAUAUCCAGGGCUUCCGGGGGAGCGUGGUGCGGAUGGACAACGUGGUCAACCUGGAAGAAAAGGCAACAUUGGGCCUAAAGGCCACACUGGCCCUCCUGGCCCUCUUGGACUUGAGGGCUUGGAAGGACCUAAAGGUGUGAGAGGACUACCAGGCGACCCCGGAGGAUCACUGACAGGACCUAAAGGUGACGAUGGUGAGCAAGGUGAACCUGGCCUACAAGGACCAGAAGAAGUCCUACAAGUCCCUCCACACAUAAUCCAGCCCAAAGGUGACAAGGGAGACCAGGGGCUUCCUGGACCAUGUGGACCAAAGGGCAUGAGCGGAGGUAGGGGGGAUGUCUUCGUCCAAGGAAUUAAAGGAGAGCAAGGAAUCCCUGGUUUUCCUGGAGUUAGGGGUUCUCCAGGGUUUCCUGGUAGAGAUGGACCACCAGGACCUGAGGGUCUGCCGGGAGAGAAAGGAUUUCCAGGUCUCAUUGGAAGAACGGGACCAAAGGGUUACCCAGGAGAUCCAGGUUUACCCGGUCCCCUCAACUUUCAAAAUGGAAAUGAUGCCAGAGGUGUUAAAGGUGACCGUGGGUAUCCCGGACUGCCUGGACCCGCAGGUGACCCUGGGUACAUGGGCGUGCCUGGCCCACCUGGCCCACCAGGGUUAACAAUACCAGAAGAGCCUGGUCUGCCUGGGCCACCAGGGUCUCCCGGUCCCAAGGGUUACAAGGGCGAACCGGGAAGGUAUGAUUAUGUUGAAAAUCUGUUUCCGGGAACAAAGGGAACUAAAGGAAUCGUCGGACCUAAAGGUGUCACAGGCCUCCCAGGAGCUCCAGGAUGUGGAGAUUACUACUGUGAGCCUGGAGACCCAGGGGACCCUGGUGACAAAGGAAGCAAAGGACAUCCUGGAAACCAAGGGUUCAAAGGGAUUAAAGGUUGUCAAGGGGAUUGUAACUGUAGACCUGGUGAUGGAAACAAAGGGCGCCCUGGUCCACCUGGUUAUCCAGGAUCUCCUGGGUUACCUGGAACUCAAGGACUUAAAGGAGACCCAGGACUGAAAGGAAGUGAUGGUCCAAGAGGCCCACAAGGCUUUGAAGGAAUUCCGGGUUUAAAAGGUCACAAGGGUCAAAAAGGUCGCAGUUUUGUGGAAGAUGUUAAAGGUGCCAAGGGCAACCAAGGAGACCCUGGACCUUCUGGUCCUCCUGGAUUAACUGGUACGCAAGGACUGAAUGGACGCCCUGGCCUUGCAGGGGACCCUGGACCACCGGGUGCUGGAUAUGCAGGAUUACCUGGUCCCAAAGGUGACCCUGGUGUUGCUGGACCCAAAGGGUUAUCAGGGCCUAUAGGCCUCCCAGGUCCUGGCUAUCCAGGCGCUAAAGGGCCACCUGGACUUAAAGGUCAUCAGGGACCUCCUGGCUCCUUAGGAAUUCCUGGACGACCAGGCCCUCGAGGUGAAACUGAGCCAUGCUGUCAUGAUACAAUUGGAUUACCUGGUCGUAAGGGUGAGCCAGGUUCACCGGGGAUUUCAGGCAAUCCAGGAAGAGAUGGUCCUCCAGGAAGUCCGGGACAGCCAGGCCCAAAAGGCAUGAAAGGAGACGGCAGUGAAACUGGAGUGAUUGGACUGCCAGGACCUACAGGUUUUAAUGGGGAUCCAGGUGAGCCUGGUCCCAGGGGAGUCAGCCUGGAUGGCCCUCCAGGCCCUCCUGGGUUACCAGGACACCCAGGCAGGAAGGGUGCCCCAGGAGAUGUCACCUCUGCCAGACCAGGUGCUACUGGCCCACCUGGUCGCCCUGGGGCUCGGGGAACAAAAGGACGCCAUGGCCUUCCUGGAAAUCCAGGUUCUCCAGGUGCAGAUGGCCCAUCUGGACAACCUGGUUGGAAAGGAGAGCCAGGAGCCAACGGUGACCCUGGGGCCACUGGUCCCCCAGGCCCACCCUGCACUGUGUGUGACCUGAUUGGACUCACAGGCCCUCCAGGCCCUCCAGGAAACCCCGGACCCAGGGGAGUACCAGGCUACCCUGGUCAAAAGGGUCUUAAGGGAGAUAGAGGUCAACCUGGUCAUGGACAGAGGGGUCCACAAGGUUUCCCUGGCCCUCCCGGGUUUCCAGGCCCAGCUGGACCAAGAGGCCCAACAGGCCCCUCAGGAGAUCCUGGCUCCGAUGGCUUGCCAGGACUGAAAGGUGAAAGGGGGUUCCCAGGAAGGCCUGGGGCCGAAGGUUUACCAGGUCGUCCUGGACCUCCAGGACCAAGAGGAAAAGAGGGAGAGAGAGGCUUUAAUGGUCGCACAGGUGACACUGGAUACCCAGGACUGGCUGGUAUUAAAGGUGAACGUGGUCCACCAGGAACAAGAGGACCAAUAUCGUUCAAGAAUGUAACAAAAGGCCCACGAGGAGCUCCAGGAGAGAUGGGUCUACCAGGACUACCAGGAACUGAAGGCUCAAAGGGCGCAAGGGGAGAGCCAGGUGCUUCAGGUCCUAAUGGAUUGCCUGGUUCGCCAGGGUUUAAAGGCAGCACUGGUGCUUCAGACAGGCCCGGAUUACCAGGACCUCCUGGGUACCCUGGAAACAAAGGUUUCCCUGGUCCCAUGGGAUAUCCUGGACAUGAUGGAGAUCGGGGAGAUCCAGGGCCUUGGGGAGAAUCGGGUAUCCCAGGGUUACCGGGACUUCCAGGAGCCAAGGGUGAGCAAGGAGAGUCUUAUGGACAACCUGGUCCACGUGGACCCAAAGGACUGCCAGGGGAGGAUGGACCCAGUGCAUCCAGAGGGAGUCCAGGAGAUCCGGGGGACCCAGGACCCCCAGGAAGGCCAGGUCGGCCUGGAGAACCAGGCAUUGUCGGGGAACCAGGAAGUCAAGGAGGACCAGGCUACCCUGGGCCUCUGGGCCCAUCAGGUCGGCCAGGUCUUCCAGGUCUUCCAGGCAAUCAAGGAGGUCCGGGACCACCAGGCCCCCCUGGUCCAUAUGGGCCUCCAGGUACCCCUGGAGCACCAGGUCUGGAUGGACUGGAUGGGCUUAGAGGUCCAAAAGGGAUCAAAGGAGCAAGUGGCAUAGAUAGUCCUGGCCCUCCAGGACCAGAUGGUUUUCCUGGAGCCAAAGGUUUUAAAGGCCAGCAAGGGCCUCCAGGACCCAUUUAUCCUGGGCCCAAAGGCCAGAGGGGCCCACCUGGCGUCACAGGUCGUUCAGGCUACCCAGGUGACCCUGGUAACCCUGGCAGAGAAUGCUACAGGCCUUUGCCAGGACUCCGUGGGGAUAUAGGAUAUGAAGGACCUCUAGGACCUCCAGGUCGUCCUGGAGAGCCGGGCUCUCCAGGCAGCAGCAUUGUCUCCGAAGGAGACCCAGGUCCAAUUGGCUUCCCUGGGGUACCAGGUUCUAAGGGGGACCAGGGCUUCCCAGGGCCUGCUGGCUCUCAUGGCUACCCAGGCUUAGGAGGACCAAAAGGUGAGAGAGGUCCUGAUGGUCCCGGAGGUUUUCCAGGACCCAAAGGACAGACUGGGGUCCCUGGACCUCGGGGGCGCAAGGGAGUAACUGGCCAACCUGGAGACCCAGGUGUCAAAGGUGCUCCCGGGGAUUCCAUCAGGGAAGACUCAAAAACGGCCCCCAUGGGACUCCCUGGACCACGUGGUCGCCCAGGAUCUGUGGGGUUUCCUGGCGAUUCCGGUCCUCCUGGGAUUCCAGGACAUAAAGGACAGAAGGGUCCCAUAGGGAAUGUGGGUCUCCCUGGCAAACCAGGUCCUGCUGGUCAUAAUGGUCCUAUUGGAGACCCAGGAGAUGUUGGUCAGCUAGGAUUUGCUGGACCUCAAGGUAUCCCAGGUCCACCCGGUGAUACAGGUUUGCCAGGACAUAGGGGGGCGUUAAACUCCGGCUUCCUUUUGGUUAUCCACAGCCAGUCAGUUGAGGUGCCACAGUGCCCUGAAGACAGCAGUCACCUUUGGGUGGGCUACAGUCUGGUCUACUUGCAGGGACAAGAGAAAGCUCACAUUCAAGAUCUGGGCCAGGCUGGCUCCUGCCUCCCUGUAUUCUCCUCCAUGCCUUUCUCCUACUGCAACACCGCUGCCUGUCACUACUCUAGUCGUAACGACAAAUCCUAUUGGCUCUCCACCACUGCUCCCAUACCCAUGAUGCCGCUUUCUGGCCAGGAGAUUAGCUCCCACAUCAGCCGCUGUGUGGUGUGUGAGACAGUCUCACCUGCAGUGGCUUUUCACAGCCAGGAACCCACAGUCCCUGCAUGCCCACCUGGCUGGAGGAGUCUGUGGACGGGGUACUCUUUCCUCAUGCAAACAGGGGCAGGUGAUGGGGGUGGUGGCCAGUCUCUGACUUCUUCUGGUAGCUGCCUUAAGAAUUUCCGAACUCACCCCUUCAUAGAGUGCCAGGGUGCGCGCAGUUCCUGUCACUACUUUGCCAACCUCUACAGUUUUUGGCUGACUACUGUUGGUCAGACAGAGCAGUUUAUCACCCAGAGGCCUAGCACCAUCAAGGCAGCCAACCUACAGCGACAGAAGGCCAGUCAGUGCCAUGUCUGCCGCAGAGAACAAUAAAUGACCUCUUGUCACUUCCUGUCACUUUAGUUGUUUAGUUAGUUUAGUUGUUAUAUUAAUUCUUUUUUUCUUUUUUAAGCUAUUCCAUUUUCAAAAUGUAAUUUUUAUAACCACUCAGAGUUAUAGAUAUUCUUUUUGAUGACAUUUGGGGACAAAAAAGUGUGGCUUUGCAAUUUUACAUUGUUACCUUUAUCUGAACCACUUUUUUUUUUAUGCUGUCACUGUCUGAUGUUGCUGUCACUGUGUUCCUUUUGUGUCAUUAUUUUCAAUAAGGUGCUAUUUCUAAUGGUAAAAAUGUUUGAUAAUUGAUUAUCUAACUGCUGUACCUUAAAAUACUGUAAAAUCCACCUAUCCUGAUUAGUCUUUUAGGAUUAAUAUAUAUAUAUAUAUAUAUAUUAGGGAUGUGAAAAUAACGCGUUAAUUUCGAUUAAUUAAUCUGAGAAAAAAUAACGCGUUAAAAAAAAUAACGCAGAUUAAUCCAUUCCAUAUUGACGUUUGACCCGGAGCCGUUCUAGCCACUAUUCGACUGUCAAAUGAAGGAGGGAGACGAGAAUGUGCUGCCUGGAUCAUUGAUUGGAACAUUUAGCUACUUGUUACUUCUUCCUGCCAAACCUGGCUACCGAAAUCUGUGGUGCCACUGAUAUGUCUGCUCUUCUCUCUGAUGCUCUGAAACGGACGAUACAGGCAACACAAACACCGCUGCACGUGACGCUAGUUAACACUAUACUCGACAGCAGCUAACGUUAGCCUACCGCUAGCUAGUAGCUGGAUUAAACACUGUUAAAAUGCUGACAGCUAACGCUAAACGGUGUAAAGUUUGACUGUUUUACUGUAGAGGAUUCAACACCGGUAUGUAACAAUCUGCUAGCCGGACAAGCCAGCUGCCACUAGGGUGCGUCUAGAUUUCUAGGCUAACAAUCUGCAGCUGCCGUCGGAAAAACAACACAGACGGUGCGUUCAAUGAAACUGGUAAACUACA